UCGGCUCGCGGGUAUUGAGAAAACCCUCAGGAGGAGGAACCAACAUUUUUUCAUUUACCCUUAUCAUCACUUCCUUACCAGCGCCAAAGCAAACACGCGCUCCUGAAGGUGUAUGAAACACUAAUCGAGAAACGGGUUCAAUGUUUCGGAUGAAAACGCAGCCUUAGAUUCGCUGGAAAGCUGUCAUUUCGGUUUAUUAGACCGUAGUAGACGAACAUUCAAGAAAUCCAAACUAAGUGCGCACACAUUUCUAAAAUCUGCAGUCAUCAUCACUUUGAAGAAUAAUAAAUAGGCAUCCACAGUGAGUAAAGACUUAUCGUGCAUUGAGUUUGACUAUUGAACGUUCCAGUUUCAUCUGUAGAAACGUUUUGCUAUAGAGAUUUGAACACGCUACGCCAUAUGGAGAGAGAACAGUGUUGAACAACUACCGGAUUUUCUUUCGACCUAAAUCAUGGAAAGCUGACGGCAAGGACCUUGAGUGACUGUGUCUUACCAGGGAAGAAAACACUCUCUCCACAGAGUCAAGGCCUCUAAGACUCCAUAUCAAACUCUUACUUUAUCUGCAAAUCAGCUGAUCUGAGAGCUGUCAUGUCGGCGUACGGACAGCCCCAGUACAGCCCCGGCCUCCAGCAUGCGGGACCCUACCCACCAUACACUCACCAUGCCCAGGGUUACGGCAUGCCCUCCUACAACAUUAAGACAGAGGAUGGCCUUAGCCUCUCUCCAGGACAGAACAGUCUCCUGAACUACUCAAACUACAGCAGCACUCCCCCCAGCCAGGCUCUCUAUGGCUACUCCACACACGGUAGCAGUAUUUCAUCUGGGAUUUUCCAGGGAGCCAACCCCAUCACAAGCUCAACUCCCUUCAACACCACACAACAGGACUUCUCAGGGUACUCCAGCUACAGCCAAAGCCAGUACUCACCGUACUACAACACACACUACAACAGCCCGUACCUCAGCCCUAGUGCCAUCACCACGUCCAUACCCUAUCAGCAUCCAGAACACCCCGCCGUGGUGCCCAAUCACAGCCCAGAGUCCCAAACAGGAGAGUACCAUCCACCCCCUAGCCCCCCCACCCCUGGGAAAGAGCCGGAAGCGGUGCCAGCCAGACGGAGCUCAGACGGGAAACUGAGGGGCAGGAAAAGAGUCAGUGACCCACAGCCCCUGGACUCAGAUAUAGAGCGUGUGUUUGUGUGGGACCUAGACGAGACCAUCAUCAUUUUCCACUCUUUGCUCACAGGGAGCUUCUCCACCCGAUUUGGCAAGGACUCAUCCAAGGCAGUGUCGCUGGGCCUGUGGAUGGAAGAGAUGAUCUUUAACCUGGCCGACUCACGACUAUUCUUCAACGACCUGGAGGAAUGUGACCAAGUUCAUAUUGAUGACGUGGCGUCAGACGACAAUGGGCAGGACCUGAGCACGUAUAACUUUGGCACGGACGGGUUCCAGAGCCCUACGGGGGCCGGUACUCUGUGCCUGGGCUCAGGUGUCCACGGUGGGGCUGACUGGAUGAGGAAACUGGCCUUUCGCUACAGGAGGGUGAAGGAGAUCUACAACACCUUUAAGAACAACGUGGGAGGUUUGCUGGGCAGUCCCAAGCGGGAGGAGUGGCUGCAGCUGCGGAGGGAGAUGGAGGUUCUAACAGAUCUGUGGCUGACCCAGGCUCUCAAGGCCUUGGCCCUCAUAAACUCCAGACCAAACUGUGUGAAUGUGCUGGUGACUACCACCCAGCUGAUCCCAGCCCUGUCCAAGGUCCUGCUCUACGGACUGGGCUCAGCCUUCCCUAUAGAGAAUAUCUACAGUGCCACCAAGACAGGGAAGGAGAGUUGCUUUGAGCGUGUGGCUCAGAGGUUUGGUCGGCGAGCAGUGUACGUGGUAAUAGGGGAUGGAGUGGAGGAGGAGUCUGUAGCCAAGAAGAAGAACAUGCCCUUCUGGAGAGUGUCGUGUCGGCCUGACCUGGAGGCUCUGAGUCAUGCACUGGAGCUGGACUACCUCUAGUGGGCACUAUCCCAUCAUGCCCUUAGCCACUUCCUGCCUGGUGAUGCCACUUCCUGUCCAAUGGACCAAUUGUGGUUGAGGGCGGUGUCGAUUCACCACAAUACAAAAGCCAAGAAUAAGGGACCAAUCUUUGUAUCUUGCAGGGAAUCGCAAUUGUUACUGGAAAUAUUAUAUGUGCUUUCAUCCUUUUACACAGAGACUUUUACAUAUGAAAGGUAUCCCACUUUUCAACUUUAGAGCGUUGCACUGAAAAUAACAAUCUAGGUGAUCUAAGUGCAUUUUUCCUUACAUGGAGGAUGAAUAGUUUUGUUUUGUUGUGUGCUCACUUUUCUUAUUAGGAAUGGGAUAGAUAAGAGGACAUUGUUAAAGGGCAAUUAGGCCACUCUUCAACCUCAUUUCCAUUAUCUCCAGCACCAUACCAGAGUCUAGAUAUGCAAAGGUGAAAUGCUCAUGAACAGGGAUGUAAACAAAUUUGUGCACAAAAUUUGAGAGAGAGAACCUUUUGUGAGCAUCGAACAUUUCUGUGAUUUUUUUAUUUCAGCUCAUGAAACAUGGGAACAACACUUUACAUGUUGCGUUUAUAUUUUUAUUCAGUAUAAAAUAAGGGUUAUGAAUGAGGAUUGGACAUUACCAGCAAGUUAUUAGAGAUAGCUAGAUCCUACCUUGACUCAAUUGUUUCACAUGGCUUUUCUGGAUGAUGACAUUUUAAUCUAAUAUACCAAUAAUGAAAAGUCAAUUAUCUUAUCCAUUCCGUGCCCUUUUAUGAAAAUAAAAUAUAAAUUGGUAAGAGCAGCUAGGCCAAGAUGUUCAGACAGACAAAGACCAACAGCAUUACUAAAACUAACAUCUUGAUUAAUGGAUAUGGAAACUAAGCAACCCUUUGACAAAGGAAAAAUCAACUAUCCAUACCUUGUGACACGUCUCUUUCAGCAUAUACAUUUGUCUUGGAGAGGACUUAGUCUAGCGAUUGAAUCUUUUUAUUAAGGAACACAUUUUGUGCUUCAUAAGUUGCUGGGUGUACAUUUGUUGUCAUCUUUCUCCAUGAACGUUUAUGUAUAACCUGUAUGUAAGGGAAAUGCUAUGAUAGUCUUUCGACUUGCAUGUGCCUAUUACACUGUCAGCUUAGCUAUGAUCUGUAUAUAAGGUUUUAUUGUUUCGACGGACAAUUAUAAUAGAUUAAUAAAGAUAAAUUAAUUACA